GUGAGUACGCUUCCGAUUGUCCACUCUCUGAUGCUUCUUCCCAUUUCCUCUCUCUAUAGAGUCUUAAUCCUUAAUUCCUUGUCUUCUCUCGAUUCAUUUUCAUCCUGGUGAUCUUUUAUGUGGUUCCUGAUGGAUUAGGGUUCGGUUUGGGAAAUAAUUGGUGCAGAGCUCGAUGGCGGAAGGGUCGGAGAGGGGGUACGGGCAGCUGGCCAAGAUGGACUCCACCGAAUCCAGAUGGGUCGCCCGGGACGAGGAGGAGGAUUCGGAUGUGGAAGGGGAGUCGUUGUCGCAGAGGAUGGGCCUGGAGUCGGAGGAGGAAGAUGAUAAUGUGGAGCAGAGGCUGAUCCGAACCGCCCCCCGAAUCGAUUCCUUCGACGUCGAGGCUCUCGAGGUACCUGGUGCCCCUAGGAACGAUUUUGAGGAUGAUAGUCUGGGAAGACAUAUAGUGCUUGCUCUUCAGACACUUGGAGUGGUGUUUGGUGAUGUUGGGACCAGCCCGUUGUAUACUUUUGAUGUUUUGUUCAACAAGUAUCCUCUCGCUCAGAAGGAAGAUGUUCUAGGAGCACUCUCUCUUGUUUUAUAUACUUUGAUCUUGAUACCACUUGUGAAGUACAUCUUGGUUGUCCUCUGGGCCAAUGAUGAUGGCGAAGGGGGCACCUUUGCUUUGUAUUCUUUGAUAUGCAGAAAUGCAAAGGCCAGUCUUCUUCCAAAUCAGUUGCCUUCUGAUGCUCGCAUAUCGAGUUUUAGGCUCAAGGUGCCAUCGCCGGAGCUGGAAAGGUCUCUAAAAAUCAAGGAAUAUCUUGAAAAUUCAUUAUUACUCAAAAAGCUGCUUUUGAUUUUGGUUCUUUUCGGUACCUCUAUGGUGAUUGCUGAUGGUGUUGUCACUCCAGCAAUGUCAGUUAUGUCAGCUUUCAGUGGAUUGAAGCUUGGAAUAUCUAGUGUCGAGCAAGACGAAGUGGUGAUGAUUUCAAUUGCAUCUCUUAUUGUCCUGUUCAGUGUUCAGAGGUUUGGAACAAGCAAAGUUGGGCUUGUUGUGGGUCCUGCACUGUUCAUAUGGUUUUGCUUACUUGGAUUCAUUGGAAUCUACAACCUUUUUAAGUAUGGAACAGAUGUUUUGAGAGCAUUUAGCCCUGUUUAUAUCUACUAUUUUUUCCAAAGAAAUCCAACUCAGGCAUGGAUGUCUCUUGGGGGUUGUCUUCUUUGUGCAACAGGAUCUGAGGCAAUGUUUGCUGACCUUUGCUAUUUCUCUGUUAGAUCCGUCCAGCUCACCUUUUUGUUUCUCGUUCUGCCAUGCCUUAUCUUGGGGUACCUCGGUCAGGCUGCAUUCCUUAUGGAAAAUUUUACGGAAAAUCAGCAGGUCUUCUUUUCAUCUAUCCCGAGUCGAGCUUUCUGGCCAGUCUUUCUCAUAGCAACUAUGGCUGCGCUAAUUGCAAGUCGAGCAAUGACAACAGCAACUUUUUCAUGCAUAAAACAAUCAAUAGCUCUUGGCUGUUUUCCUCGACUUAAAAUCAUACAUACGUCUCGGAAGUUCAUGGGCCAAAUAUAUAUUCCAGUGAUAAACUGGUUUCUGCUGGUUUUCUGUGUGGCAUUUGUUGCUACCUUUGGUAACAUAUAUGAGAUUGGCAAUGCAUAUGGCAUUGCUGAGCUUGGCGUGAUGAUUAUGACCACAAUCUUAGUAACUAUAAUUAUGCUUCUUAUAUGGCAGAUCAACAUUGUAUUUGUGUUAUGCUUCUUGACUUUCUUUCUGGGGUUGGAACUACUUUUCUUCUCUUCAGUUCUGGGUAGUGUGGUAGAUGGUAGCUGGGUGAUGUUGGUUUUUGCAGCAGUAUUGUUUAUGAUAAUGUACAUAUGGAACUAUGGCAGCAAGCUUAAGUAUGAAACUGAAGUGAAACAGAAACUUUCUAUGGAUUUGAUGAUGGAACUGGGUAGCAACCUUGGUACUAUAAGGGCCCCUGGAAUUGGCUUGGUUUACAAUGAGCUAGUCAAAGGAAUCCCUGCAAUCUUUGGUCAUUUCUUGACCACUUUGCCAGCAAUUCACUCAAUGAUCAUAUUUGUGUGCAUAAAAUAUGUGCCAGUUCCUGUCGUGCCACAGACAGAAAGGUUUCUCUUCAGGCGGGUCUGCCCUAAAAGUUUUCACGUGUUUCGUUGCAUUGCUCGGUAUGGCUACAAGGAUGUGCGUAAAGAGCAUCACCUGAUAUUUGAACAACUUUUGAUUGAAAGCCUUGAGAAGUUCAUACGCAGAGAAGCCCAAGAACGUUCACUGGAGAGCGACGAGGAUCGUGACACAGACUCUGAAAAUGAGGUUUCUUGUUCAAACAUUCUUGUAGCUCCUAAUGGCAGCGUUUAUUCUCUUGGUGUCCCGCUUAUGGCUGGUUAUAGCGGUAUUGAUAAGACAAUCUCAGAAGCAAGCACUUCCUUUGAUGAGCCACGUGAUGAAACUGUGACAGAUGCACGACAAAGCCUUGAGCGGGAGCUCUCAUUCAUACACAAGGCAAAAGAGUCGGGCGUAGUUUAUCUUCUUGGACAUGGUGACAUUAGGGCUAGGAAGGAAUCUUGGUUCAUUAAGAAGCUGGUUAUAAACUACUUCUAUGCUUUCUUGAGAAGGAACUGCAGAAGAGGUAUUGCAUCACUAAGCGUUCCCCAUACAAACCUGAUGCAGGUGGGCAUGACUUACAUGGUCUGAUUUCCUGGUUGCUGCUUUUUCUUCAAGUUGGGUUUACAAAUAGUUGGUUCCCAUAUGUUUGGAACUGUUUGAAAGGUGGUCUAAUUUGUAGAUUCAGCUGACCCUGGAUCUUUAAAUGCUAACAAGGAUAUUAUCGAAAGAGUUGUUUGUAGAGAACUGAUUGCCCAUUCACUUUGAUAGGGAGGAAAUCGUUCACUUGUUUCUCGAUGCAACUUCUCUCCCUUUUUGUCGUGGUAGAAGAUUGCAUCUAAUAAUGACAUCUUGAUGAUUAGAGUUCAAUACACAGAUGCAGCAGACCGAUAUAUUCUGGGGUCCCCUGUUUUCAGUCUAGUGUGCAUUGUAUGUGCAAUGUAUUCGGUAUUAGAUACGUUUGCUCAACCUUCAGAACAGUAUAGCUUGCCUUGAAACGUGAGUACAUUCACGACUGCAGAGAUGUUCUUUGGUUACUUUUGAUUUGUAUUGGCAACCUUAUGUAGAUCUUUGAUUGUGGGUCGUGCUUUGUGUUCAAUCCAUAUCAGGACAUCGUGCAGAUGAUUUUAAAAUAAAUCGAAUUAUCUUUCGUGAUCAA